AGAUAGUGGCAAAGUCGUCUUCAAGCUUGAUGGGUUCUGGUCUGAAUCAUCAGGAAGGCUUUGUAUGGUUGGGAAAGGGAAAGGGCAUUCCCAAGAGGGUGACUUUCUUCAUCUCGAUGCUGUUUUCAAACUGAGUAAUCUGUUCAACUCGAGUAACGUUACUGCUCUUAUCCAUGGAAGCUUGGAGAGCUUGAGUUCUGCAGAUGUUCAGGAACGUUACUUCGAGAACCCAUUUCUGUUCUGAUGCUUCCAAAGAAGAAUUACAAGUAUAGCUUGGAUUCUAAAGAAGUUGAACGUGAUUUUGCUUCUGAUGAGAAUGAUGCUGAGCAGGUUUGCCACUAGAUCCCUCAUCUUUUUGCUCACGUCGAGUCUCGUCGGCAAUUAGAUGGCUUCAUCUGGAACACCCUAUAGAUUGCCAUCUUAAUUCUGCAAAGAACUGUAAUCCCCAUGGUGGGGUUAGUGGAUCAUCCCGUGGAUCUAUCAUAUCUUUGGAUGAGAUUGGAUGUUCUUCCAAUACUGACAAGCCCAGGCUUCGAGUUCUGGUGCAAUUUCCUUAUGAUGAUUAUUAUUAUGGUUUCGAGCGUGUCAACGUUACUGGACAAACACCAAUGUUUGUAGGUGAAGGAUGGUGGGAUGAGGCGAAGAAUCAAAUACGCGUUGUCGCUUGCAAUUUCAUGGGAGUGACGGAUUCUUCAUCAUCCUUGGCUGGGGCUCAUGUUGGUGAUUGCUCAAUCAGAUUAAGGCUCAAAUUCCCCUCUGUUUUAUCCAUCAAAAACACCAGCAGAAUUGUGGGCCAAAUCUGGAGUAACAAAACUGAGAAAGGUCUGGUUAACUUCAACGACGCUUUGGAGCGUUCUAAUGUGGUUUUUCAAGGCUUGAAGUAUGAGUAUACCCAGUUGGAAAGAGUCAAGAAAUCUUGCCCAAGCAGCCACUAUCACGUCAAGAACCAAGAAAACAGGUAUCCAGAUGUUUCUUACAUGAACAGUCAUUUAUCUGUUAGAGAAACCAAGAAGAGAAUAGGUUGGGGUUAUUCAUCUCCAUUAGCCGUUGGUGAGGAGAUAUACAGAGAUCCACACAUCAUUAGUUUUGAUUCCGACAUAGACACCUCGAUUUCCCAGACUUAUGAAGACAUUAGCAACACUACCUUGCUUAAUCUUAGCUUCACCAUGACCUUGUACUCUAAUUCAAUGUUAGAGGACAAGAAAUCUCUGUUCAAUAAGUCCUUUGAGUCAGUAAGGAUUUCUGCUGAGGGAACCUAUGAUGCUGAGACAGGAAGCUUGUGUAUGGUUGGCUGCAGAAAUCUUGUCUUAAACUUUAGUGAGACCCCAAAAACUGAAGAUUCUCUAGAUUGUGAGAUUCUAAUCAAGUUUGAAUUCCCACCAUUAGACGCUGCAAGAAGAAGCAGUCACACCAAGGGAAGCAUUGAAAGCACAAGGAAAAGUUCAGAUCCUCUUUACUUCAAAGUCCUGAACUUAACUGCAUUUGCUUAUUACACACAAGGAGCAGACACAGCAUGGAGAAUGGACAUGGAGAUUAUAACGGUUCUUGUAUCAACAACUCUAGCAUGCGUUUUCCUGAUAUCACAACUCAUCCAUGUGAAGAGGCAUCCCAAUGUGCUUCCCUUUAUAUCAUUUACUAUGGUUUCAAUUCUCACCUUGGGCCACAUGGUGCCUCUUGUUCUUAACUUUGAAGCUGUGUUCACUCAAGAUCCUAACAACAAAAACUUUGUGUUUAGAAAUGUUGGGUGGUUUCAACUUGAGGUGAAUGAAACAACUGUGAGGCUGUUAACUAUGGUAGUUUUCCUGCUACUACUUCGUUUUCUGUGGAUUACUUGGUCAGCAAGAAAGGUUGACGAAGAAAGCCACAAGAGCCUCUGGGUUGCUGAGAAGAAAACCGCAUGCGUCAUUCUCCCCUUAUAUGCAUUAUGCUUCUUAAUUGCUCUAUUACUAAAGUCAAAAAACAACUAUGAAGCAUCAUCAUUUCAGAGACAUUCAUCAUGGGAAAGCUUGAAACGCUUUGGAGGUUUGGUUUUGGAUGGCUUUCUCUUGCCCCAGAUCGUGUUUAACUUGUUCUCAAACAUGAAGGAUAAUGCUCUGUCAUGUUGGUUCUACUUUGGGACAAGCUUUGUGAGAACGUUACCUCAUGCUUAUGAUCUUUACAGGGCUCAAAACUAUGAUGAGCAAGAUAAUGGGUUCUACUAUUAUGCUGAUCCAACUGCAGAUUAUUACUCCACUGACUGGGACAUUGUCAUUCCUUUGGGAAGUCUUCUAUUUGCUGUCAUCAUCUUGUUGCAGCAACGUUUUGGAGGUUCUUGUGUUCUGCCUCGUAGGUUUAGAAGGUCACAAGAAGGAUAUCAGAAAGUGCCAAUGGCGACCAUACCAGAAGAAGAAGAAGAAGGAGGAAAGGAAAAGGAAAAAGAAAGAGAAGAAGCAGUAGAGGCAUGCAACGUUUGAAUUAAACUUCGUGUAAUGUCAAAGUGCAAAUGGCCUCAGUUGUUAUGAUGUCGUGUGGUAGUUAUGAAGCUUGUGUAAUGAAAAUCUUAUAAAUAAACAAAAUGGUUAGUACUUAGUAGGGUAUUGUGGCUGAUUUAAUGAGGCCUUGUAUGUUAAAGUUGUGUGUAGAAAACUUGACCUUGUGUUAAUGGUGGUUCACGUAAAAUAUAUGUAUGACAAGGAUGGAACUGUAUGUGAGGGAGA